AUACAGGGGAAUGCAUCCUGCUUUUAUCCUGGAGUUCACUUCUGUGGAUUGGAUUUAUCCCAGUAGCACUAGUCUUCCAUCUGAGUGUUGACUAGAGAUCAAGCAAAGACAUGAGGAGAUUUGUCUACUGCAAAGUGGUUCUAGCCACUUCUCUGAUGUGGGUUCUUGUGGAUGUCUUCUUACUCCUGUACUUCAGUGAGUGUAACAAAUGUGAUGACAAGAAGGAGAGAUCCCUGUUGCCUGCACUGAGGGCUGUUAUUUCAAGAAACCAAGAAGGGCCAGGAGAAAUGGGAAAGGCUGUGCUGAUUCCUAAAGACGACCAAGAGAAAAUGAAAGAGCUGUUUAAAAUCAAUCAGUUUAACCUUAUGGCCAGUGAUUUGAUUGCUCUUAACAGAAGUCUGCCAGAUGUAAGAUUAGAAGGAUGCAAGACAAAAGUCUACCCAGAUGAACUUCCAAACACAAGUGUAGUCAUUGUAUUUCACAAUGAAGCAUGGAGUACUCUCCUACGAACUGUGUACAGUGUUAUAAAUCGGUCCCCACACUCCCUGCUCUCAGAGGUCAUCUUGGUAGAUGAUGCAAGUGAAAGAGAUUUUCUAAAAUUGACACUAGAGAAUUACGUGAAAAAUUUAGAAGUGCCAGUAAAAAUUAUCAGAAUGGAAGAGCGCUCUGGGUUAAUACGUGCACGUCUACGAGGAGCAGCUGCUUCCAAAGGCCAGGUCAUCACUUUUCUGGAUGCUCACUGUGAGUGCACGCUAGGUUGGCUGGAGCCCUUGCUGGCAAGAAUAAAGGAAGACAGGAAGACAGUUGUGUGUCCUAUCAUUGAUGUGAUUAGUGAUGAUACCUUUGAAUAUAUGGCUGGGUCAGACAUGACUUAUGGGGGUUUUAACUGGAAACUGAAUUUUCGGUGGUAUCCUGUUCCCCAAAGAGAAAUGGAUAGAAGGAAAGGAGACAGAACAUUACCUGUCAGGACCCCUACUAUGGCUGGUGGCCUAUUUUCUAUUGAAAGAAACUACUUUGAAGAGAUAGGAACUUACGAUGCAGGAAUGGAUAUCUGGGGUGGAGAGAAUCUUGAAAUGUCUUUUAGGAUUUGGCAAUGUGGAGGCUCUUUGGAGAUUGUGACCUGCUCCCAUGUUGGCCAUGUUUUUCGAAAAGCAACUCCAUAUACUUUUCCUGGUGGCACUGGUCAUGUUAUUAACAAGAACAACAGGAGACUGGCAGAAGUUUGGAUGGAUGAAUUUAAAGAUUUCUUCUAUAUCAUAUCUCCAGGUGUUGUCAAAGUGGAUUAUGGAGAUGUGUCAGUCAGAAAAACACUGAGAGAAAAUUUGCAGUGUAAGCCCUUUUCUUGGUACCUAGAAAACAUCUAUCCGGACUCCCAGAUCCCAAGGCGUUAUUAUUCACUUGGUGAGAUAAGGAAUGUUGAAACCAAUCAAUGUUUAGACAACAUGGGCCGCAAGGAAAAUGAAAAAGUGGGAAUAUUUAACUGCCAUGGCAUGGGUGGAAACCAGGUGUUUUCCUAUACUGCUGACAAAGAAAUCCGAACUGAUGACUUGUGCUUGGAUGUCUCAAGACUCAAUGGCCCUGUGAUCAUGUUAAAAUGCCACCAUAUGAGAGGAAAUCAGCUGUGGGAAUAUGACGCUGAGAGGCUCACCCUGAAACAUGUUAAUAGUAACCAGUGUCUCGAUGAACCUUCUGAAGAAGACAAAAUGGUGCCCACAAUGCAGGACUGCAGUGGAAGCAGAUCCCAACAGUGGUUGCUGCGAAACAUGACCUUGGGGGUUUGAAGACUCUUUCCUCCAGUCAUAGAAUUGUCUAUAUUUUUGUUUCCUCAUUGUUUUGGUUAGGGGAAGGUAUUGACUUUACUGAUUUGAACAUUUUAAAGAAACCUUUUAGUACUCUAAAACACAAUUGUUUACAAUUCAUUCUUAGGAAUGUUUGAUUAUUUCCCUACUAAAAUUUCUAUCUGAUUGAAGAAGCACAUAAAAACAUAAAUAACAGCAGAUGUUAUUAAAUAUUGGAACAACCUGAAAAAUAAUUUUUUUGCUUUAAAAUAAUCUUUAUUAUCCUCACAUCAAGGAUUAUUGGGGAAUUAUUUUAUAGAGGUUAAAAUGAGAUAAUGUAAUGCCUU